GGGCUGAGAGCGGCUGGAAAGCCGCCAGUCGGUCCUGGGCUCCCGGGGCGUGUACCUGCGCUCUGCGGGGCUCGGGCGCGGGUGUCGCCGGCCGGGGACCGCAUGCACCCGCGGGCCCCGGCUUGGGUACAGUGCGGGCAGCACGGGUCCCUGGUGACCUCCGGGGCAUCUCUCUCCUUCCUCCAGGCUUCCCUCUGCCACAACUGCUCCACCCUGGCUGGUAACCCGUUCCUGGGGCGAGCGGGGAGCCCGGCAGCCUGCAACUUGAGCGAGGCCCCGGAGGGCUUCCACCCGGGGGACCUGAACCUGACGGACGAGGAGCUGAGGCUCAAGUACCUGGGCCCCCAGCGGAGCGACCUGUUCGCGCCCAUCUGCGCCGUGUACCUGCUGGUGGGCGCGGUGGGCACAGUGGGCAACGGGCUGACGUGCGCGGUGAUCCUGCGCCACCCGGCCAUGCGCACGCCCACCAACCUGUACCUCUUCAGCCUGGCCGUGUCCGACCUGCUGGUGCUGCUGCUCGGGCUGCCCCUGGAGCUCUACGAGCUGUGGUGCAACUACCCGUUCGCGCUGGGCGCCGGCGGCUGCUUCUUCCGCACGCUGCUCUUCGAGACGGUGUGCCUGGCCUCGGUGCUCAACGUGACGGCGCUCAGCGCCGAGCGCUUCGUGGCGGUGCUGCAGCCGCUGCGGGCCCGCCGCCUGGGCACCCGCGCCCGCGUGCGCCGCGUGCUGGGGGCGCUGUGGGCACUGGCGCUGCUCUGCGCGCUGCCCAACGCCAGCCUGCACGGCCUGCGCCCGCUGGAGCUGCCCUGCCGCGGCGCCGUGCCCGACUCCACCACCUGCGCGCUGGUGCGCCCGCGGCAGCUCUACAACCUGGUGGUGCAGGUGACCACGCUGCUCUUCUUCUGCCUGCCCAUGGCCACCAUCAGCGUCCUCUACCUGCUCAUCGGGCUGCGCCUGCGCCGCGAGAGGCUGCUGCUCCUGCCCAAGGCCAAGGGCGGGGCUCGGGCCCGGGAGACCCAAAGGCUGCAGAGGCUGCAAGACCGGGGUCGAACGCAGGUGACCAAGAUGCUGUUCGUGCUGGUCGUGGUGUUCGCCGUGUGCUGGGCCCCGUUCCACGUGGACCGCCUCAUGUGGAGCUUCGUGGCGCGCUGGACCGACGCGCUGCAGCUGGCCUACCAGUACGUGCAUGUCGUCUCGGGCGUCUUCUUCUACCUCAGCUCGGCCGCCAACCCCGUGCUCUACAGCCUCAUGUCCACCCGCUUCCGCGAGACCUUCCAGGAGGCCCUGGGCCUGGGCAGCAGGUGCCGGCGCCGGCGCCCCCGCGGCUCGCACAGCCUCAGCCGGGCCACCACGGGCAGCACCCUGGGCGACCUGGGCGGCCCGGUCAGCCGGCUGCAGCUGCUGCCUGAGGACGGGGGCCCCGAGGGGCAGCAGCAGAUGGGCCCCCUCGGACCUGGGAAGUGGGGAGGGGGCCCAGGGAUGCUGGAGGGGCCACAGGACCUGCAUCCCCACCCCGACCCUGCAAAAGUACUAUCUGCCUAACUUGUCCCCAUUUCAGCUUAGGAACUGACAGGCCGGAGAGCUCAAUGGGUACUGCACAUGCCUGGGUUCAAACCCCAGCACCAUGGGGGAAGACACCACAGCACUAAAGGAAGCUCUAGUGCUGUAAUGUCUCUCCAGUUCUCUACAUGAAUGACAAGGUCAGUCCCAUAAUGGUGAAACUGCAUGAGUGAGACGCCAGGCCCAGAAAAAAAGAAAAGAAGAAAAAAGCUGACCCAGGAGCUGGCACAAUGGAUGAAGUGCUGGACUUGAAAGCAUGAGGUCCCAAGUUCAAUCCCUGGCAGUGUAUGUGCCAGGGGGAAGCUCUGGUUCUCUCUUUCCUCUCUCAUUAAUAAAUCUUUUUAAUACUUGAUUUUUAAAUAAUUUAUCAUUUAUUAGAGAUAAAAAUUGAGAGGGAAGGGGGAGGUGAGAGAGGAUAAAAGUUAAACACUUGCAAUGCUGCUUCACUGCUCGUGAAGUGUCCUCCUGCAGUGGGCGAGCAGAGGCCCAGACACGGGUACUUGUGCAUGCUAACAAGCACUCGGCCAG